UUACCCCUGCCAUAAAUAUCUUCAUAAAGCUGUAAGCAAUACUGUGGAAACAAUGGGAGACAUGACAAAUAGUGCGGUGGAUUUCUAUCCAAAGAACCAAAGAGGCGAGUCUAAUCAUGCAGGUGAAUUUGGGUGUUCUCUCAAUGAACUCCGCUCUCUUAUGGAGCUACGUGGAUCAGAGGCAGUGCAAAAGAUACAAGAUACCUAUGGUGAUGUGAAUGGAUUCUGUAGACGUUUGAAAACUUCACCAACAGAAGGUUUAGCUGGCAAUCCUGCAGAUCUUGAAAACAGAAGACAAAUUUUUGGUAGAAACUUUAUACCUCCAAAAAAGCCAAAAACUUUCUUACAAUUAAUCUGGGAAGCACUACAAGAUGUGACUCUUAUCAUCCUAGAACUUGCAGCCAUUAUAUCCUUGGGUCUCUCAUUUUAUCAACCACCAGGAGAGAGAAGUGAAAUGUGUGGUAAUGCUGCAGGUGGUGUGGAAGAUGAGGGUGAAGCUGAAGCAGGGUGGAUUGAAGGAGCCGCUAUCCUACUCUCCGUUAUCUGUGUGGUUUUUGUAACUGCCUUUAAUGACUGGAGCAAAGAAAAGCAGUUUCGAGGUUUGCAAAGUCGAAUUGAACAAGAACAGAAGUUCGCUGUUGUCAGAGGAGGCCAAGUUGUCCAGAUCCCAGUGUCAGAAAUUGUUACUGGUGACAUUGCACAAGUUAAAUAUGGUGAUCUGCUCCCUGCAGAUGGAAUAUUAAUUCAGGGAAAUGACCUUAAAAUUGAUGAAAGUUCUUUAACUGGAGAAUCUGAUCAUGUCCGUAAGUCAGCUGACAAGGACCCCAUGCUACUUUCUGGUACCCAUGUCAUGGAGGGUUCGGGCAAAAUGCUUGUCACAGCCGUGGGCGUCAACUCACAGACUGGCAUCAUAUUCACAUUGCUGGGUGCAGGUGGUGAGGAAGAGGAAAAGAAAGACAAGAAAGGUAAAACAAAGGAAGAUGAACGCCACAUACCAGAAGCUCCCCAGCCUCCUUCCCAUGCUGUUCCCUCCCAGCCCUUGUCUACUUCAGGUACAGAAGGUGGAGCAGGUGCAAAUGCCACUGAUAGUACAAAUGCCAGCUUAGUCAAUGGCAAAAUGCAGGAUGGGAAUAUGGAGAACAGCCAGAAUAAAGCCAAGAAACAAGAUGGCGCAGCUGCCAUGGAAAUGCAACCUCUCAAGAGUGCAGAAGGCGGUGAUGGAGACGACAAGGAGAAGAGGAAGGGAGGUGCACCAAAGAAAGAAAAGUCCGUCCUGCAGGGCAAACUGACCAAACUGGCAGUGCAGAUAGGGAAAGCAGGGUUGGUGAUGUCGGCAAUCACGGUUAUUAUUCUUGUGUUGUACUUUGCCAUCGAUACUUUUGUGAUUCAAAAACUACAGUGGCUGCCUGAAUGCACACCGGUCUACAUCCAAUUCUUCGUUAAAUUCUUUAUUAUUGGUGUCACUGUACUUGUUGUGGCUGUCCCAGAGGGUCUUCCACUUGCAGUCACCAUCUCACUUGCCUAUUCUGUGAAGAAAAUGAUGAAGGAUAACAAUCUAGUGAGACAUUUGGAUGCCUGUGAGACCAUGGGUAAUGCUACAGCAAUCUGCUCUGACAAAACAGGCACUUUGACAACAAAUCGAAUGACUGUUGUGCAGGCAUAUGUUGGUGACGUCCAUUAUAAAGAAGUCCCAGAUCCUGAUGCCCUUCCAUCAAAAACACUGGACAUGCUUGUUAAUGCAAUAUCUCUCAACAGUGCUUACACUUCCAAAAUACUGCCUCCGGAGAAGGAAGUUGCUCUACCCCGUCAAGUUGGGAACAAGACCGAGUGUGGACUGUUGGGACUCGUCUUGGACUUGAAGCGAGAUUACCAAACUGUUCGAGAUCAGACUCCAGAAGAGAAGCUGUACAAAGUCUAUACUUUCAACUCUGAAAGAAAGUCCAUGAGUACUGUGAUCAAAAUGCAAGAUGGAAGCUUUCGGAUGUAUAGCAAAGGAGCCUCAGAAAUUGUCUUGAAAAAAUGCUCAAACAUCCUCAAUGCUGCAGGAGAGGCACGAGUCUUCAGGCCUCGAGAUCGUGACGAGAUGGUAAAGAAAGUAAUUGAACCCAUGGCUUGUGAUGGAUUGAGGACCAUUUGUAUUGCCUUCCGUGAUUUUCCAGGUAGUCCAGAACCUGACUGGGACAACGAAAAUGACAUUUUAAUGGACUUGACCUGUAUAGCCGUAGUUGGCAUUGAGGACCCAGUGAGACCAGAGGUUCCAGAAGCCAUUAGAAAGUGCCAACGAGCUGGUAUUACUGUACGUAUGGUUACAGGAGACAACAUCAAUACAGCUCGUGCCAUUGCCAUCAAAUGUGGCAUCAUUAAUCCGGGUGAGGACUUCAUCUGCUUGGAGGGCAAAGAUUUCAACAGAAGAAUCCGGAAUGAAAAAGGAGAGGUUGAACAAGAACGUAUCGACAAGAUCUGGCCAAAACUCCGGGUGCUUGCUCGAUCAUCUCCAACUGACAAACACACCUUAGUGAAAGGUAUAAUUGACAGCCUGCAUGGAGAACGGAGACAAGUUGUAGCAGUAACUGGUGAUGGAACCAAUGAUGGGCCAGCGCUGAAGAAAGCGGAUGUUGGUUUUGCCAUGGGCAUUGCUGGCACUGAUGUAGCAAAAGAAGCCUCCGACAUUAUCUUGACUGAUGAUAAUUUCAGCAGCAUCGUGAAAGCUGUCAUGUGGGGCCGUAAUGUUUAUGACAGCAUCUCCAAGUUUCUACAAUUCCAGCUGACAGUGAAUGUAGUUGCUGUCAUAGUUGCAUUUACUGGAGCAUGUAUCACCCAGGACUCUCCUCUGAAGGCUGUACAGAUGUUGUGGGUGAACCUCAUUAUGGAUACUUUUGCCUCUUUGGCCCUCGCCACAGAGCCACCUACUGAAGCACUUCUGAUGAGAAAGCCAUAUGGCAGGGACAAACCCCUCAUCUCACGAACCAUGAUGAAAAAUAUUCUGGGUCAUGGGAUUUACCAGCUUACUGUCAUCUUCACUUUACUCUUUGCUGGGGAGACCAUUUUUAACAUUGACAGUGGCAGAAAUGCACCACUGCAUGCUCCACCGUCUGAACACUACACUAUCAUCUUUAACACUUUUGUGUUGAUGCAACUCUUCAAUGAAAUCAACGCUCGCAAGAUACAUGGGGAGAAAAAUGUAUUUGAUGGCAUUUUCAGAAAUCCCAUCUUCUGCAGUAUUGUAUUCGGCACUUUUGGAAUUCAGAUUUUAAUUAUUCAGUUUGGUGGAAAACCGUUCAGUUGUAUUCCUCUGCAAAUAGACCAGUGGUUGUGGUGCAUCGUGCUGGGAGUGGGAGAGUUGCUAUGGGGACAGGUAAUAUCCUCCAUUCCAACCAACCGAUUGAAAUUUUUGAAGGAAGCAGGCCAUGGAACUCAGAAGGAUGACAUCCCAGAAGAGGAACUUAAUGAAGAUGCUGAAGAAAUUGAUCAUGCAGAGAGAGAACUGAGGCGUGGGCAGAUUCUUUGGUUCAGAGGUCUGAACAGGAUCCAAACUCAGAUCGAAGUAGUGAAUACAUUCAAGAGUGGCACUUCCUUUCAGGGGGCUCUAAGACGGCAGUCAUCCGUUACCAGCCAAAAUCAAGAUAUUCGCGUCGUGAAGGCAUUCCGUAGCUCUCUCUAUGAAGGAUUAGAGAAACCAGAGUCGAAAUCCUCCAUUCACAACUUCAUGACUCAUCCCGAGUUUAGGAUAGAUGACUCACAGCCACACAUUCCCCUAAUCGAUGACACUGACAUAGAAGAAGAUGCUGCCCUUAAGCAAAACUCCAGUCCUCCCUCAUCCCCCAACAAGAACAACAAUGCUAUUGAUAGUGGAAUCAAUCUUACAACUGACACAAGUAAAUCAGCUACCUCUUCUAGUCCAGGAAGUCCUCUACAUAGCCUGGAAACUUCACUCUAGCUGACCAUUUCUGUGAAAAAAAAACAGAACAAAAAAAAAACUGCUGGCUGAUAAACUGUUCUGAUUGUGCUCUUCUAUGCUCUGUAGCAAGAAGGGAAACUGCUGGAAGGAUGAUUUCUUGUUUGGCUGACCCUCCUCAAGAUAGAGAUCCUGCAUGAAUGUACAUUUCCCAAAUUUCACUGGAAGGACCACAACUGAGUACAUCUGAGGCAAUUUAUCCAAUCCAAUCACUGAUCUGUGACUUUUGAAGUGCUUGUGCGGCA